GUCGGCGUCAUCGACUGCAGUCUGCACCUGUGGUUUUAAGGUCCCAGAGCCAGAGCAGCCAGAGCAGCCGCAGGAGUCUCCGCAGCAAGCAGAGGAAGAAGCUGGGAGUCACAGGAAGCGGAAGCUGGCACUCCACAACGAGAUGCUUCCAGAGGAAGAGGGCACGGCAGAGUGUCCAACGUUCAUCCUGCUGACCUUCGCCUCUAUGCGGCAAGCCUAUCUAGGCUUGCCUGAUGGCAAUGCUGUUGGCGAUGAAGGGAUUGGCGCAGUGGAGGAAACAGAAGGCGCACCCAUGGAACAGCUGGAGGAGGCCGGCGAUGAGCGCGAUGACCGUGAUGACUGUAAGGUUUGGUUCAAGGGCCCCUCGAAUCCCUUGACUCCACUUACCUUAGCGGGUCUACGCGUGGCCCGCGGGUUGCAGCCAUUGUUGGCGGCAGCCUUGCUGAAUCGCGGCACUACAUCACUGCCUUCGUCUUCACAGUCGGGCUCGCUGUGUUGCGCUGGUGGUGUGGCUUGGCGCUUUAUGCUGGUCUCCCUCUACCGGGUCCUCCUUGUGGUGUUCUUCAUCCUGGACAAUUACUCCAUCGUGCAGAAGGCGGUUGCGAAGGACCAGAGCCAUUGCCAGGCGUCGCUGGCAUCUACAUCGCUCUGGUGUGGUGGUGCUUGCACCAUUCCAACUCUGGUGCAAUGGUAUUGCCCCUGCGGACGAAAGAACCGCAAGAACGCCUGGCACUGCCCAGACUGCCGCACCUCAUGGACCUACGGCACUCCGGCAGAAGACCAAGCGCCACAGUCGCCGAGGCAGGCACGGAGCGAUCGUGGACACUCCUAUGCUCAGACGUGGCAAUGGCCACAGGAACCAUGGGUGCGUUCAACAAACAGUGCACAGAGUCGACCUCCCAGUCCUCGCCAGCGGCAAGGUGGACGUGGUCACGGCCGCAAACAGCGGCGUGGGAAAAAGGUGCAGCAGCAGGCCGCAGAACAGUAUGCUCCCCAGGGUUAUGGGGCGCAACCGCCGCUGCCGCCUCCUGCCACACCUCCACCGCCAGCUUCUGGUGGACAGGUACCGAUGCCGCCCGCUUCUGGAGUGGCCAUUGCAAGUGCACCGAAAGCCCCAGUUUUGCCUGCACCGUCCGAGGAAGCGAUCAAACUCAGGUCUUUGACACAGAAACUCAAGAAGCAUCAAGAUCUGGGUAUGGAGCUCCCGGAAGAUGUGCAAGACGAUCUCAAAGAUGUUUGCAUCAAGGAGGCCAAGUCCCAGCGCAAGACGAUGCAUCUGGCCGUGAAUGCCAUGGACGAUGCGAGGCAAGUGUACGACGAUGCAGUACGUGCACGUGCCCAGUUGCAUUUGCAGUGGAAAAGUUUCCUUGCAGAAAGCCUGAAACUCUGGCAGGGGCAUACCACAAGCUUCCAAUCACAGGAAGCGCAACUCACUGCCAGAAUACAGGAAGCCAAGGAUGCAUUUGUCCAAGCAAGAGAUGCGCUGAAUGCAGCCAAAAUCGAGGCGGCAAAUAUGGUCCCGGUCGACGCCAAGUCCACCGUGACGGUGUCAGACGACGAGGAGAUCAAGGACCUCAAAGAUGUGCCAAUGGCAGCGGCAGAACGCAUUGCGACAGGGCUGAGCAACCUCGUGGAGACCAUGUCCGUGCUCCACCACCAGACAGAAGAGUUGGUGCAGGAAGAGCAGCGAGCAAAGCGUCCACGAGUUCAGCCAGAGCAACCAGGGCUGAUUGUGCCUGCCUUUGAUGGCGCUGAGCACUACCCCAUUGUUGACAAGUGGCUUCAUUCUGUACCACAAGAGCCCGAUUUCAUGACAGAAUGGAAGGCCUCAGAAUCGGCUGUGUCCCUAGCAUUUGAAUUGGGACAGCCCACAAAGUUGCACAGAGGCAGUGGUUUGAAACGACCGACCCGUUUGAAGACGCAGAAUCAGGUGCGUUUUGCGCCUUCGGCUGAAGUUUGCAUUUGGGAUUCGCAAACCAGGCUUGUUCCUCUUUCUGCGUUGACUUGUUGGCCUGCGAAGCCAUGGUCAUUGGUCUCGAAUUGGGAAGGGCAACCACGCCAUGUGCCCAAGAAGUAUCGUCAGCCUUGCUUCCCACCUUCCUGGCAUUCGAUGGUGGCAUUUCAUUUUCCAAAGGGGACCUCCUCAAGAGGUGAAGUUCCAGUUUCCCAGCUGCGCAUCAUGGACGAGUUCGUCAAUUUACCGCAUAUCCCUGAUGACGAUGGCAAUGGGCACCUUCCUGGACAUGUUCCCAAUGGCCAGCCACCUCCACAGCAGCCGGAUUUUACUCACAACAUGUUGGCCCAGAUGGACCCUGCGUUAGCUACCCUUGCUAACUUGCAGCAACAAGGAGUGCUAGUGCGUACUUGGUACAUUCACCACGAGACGCACAUGCGGAACGACAUUCCAAGGUUAGUGAGGCUUGGAGCUGAUCGGCACCAAUGGAUCCAGCUGAUCAUAGAUGCUUGGGAGGGUGUCAUUGAUGUUGCACUACCCAAAGCAUUUACCUUGCCAACACCGAUGCCCUUUCGUGGACCUGUUGUCCAGUUCAUUGCGCUUGACAUUAUUGUUUCGCAAGGGCUCCACAUUCCCAGGUUUUCCGGACUCGUCUCAGUCCACUUCCAAGAUGAUUUGGAUGGCUUGCAGGCGUUUGUCAUCGCGGCUUCUUUUCCGCCAUGGGUCAGUGGAUACCACAUCGUAAGUGCUGCUGAAGUACAUGAUUACUGCUCACCUAUCUCUGGACGAGUUUGCAGCAUUUUUCAUGGAUGGGAGGCUAUUCCCGUUGACACACAGCGGUUGCACCACAUGCGCCCAGGGAACUCCUUCAUGAUUCAGGUCCCACAUGACCCCAAUAUUGAGAUUGGCAACACGCAGGCCGCAUCCAGCACUUUGGCCAGUGCUGAUACCCAUGGGAUGCCUGGUGGAACUGUGCAGCAACAUUUUGAUACUGGACCAGAUGAUGAUGAGCAAGAUGGCUCGGGGCCCGAAGAGCCGCCCUCUCCUGGCACACCUCAUGAUGCGCCGGAGCCAACUGGGCCACUGUUCAAUUGUCAUUUCUACAGGUUGCGGCAUCCACCAUUGCACAUCUUUAUGCGCAAUGCAGCAGGGGUACCUAUGUUACAGGAACUUGCCCACCAAAUGGGGGUUGUGCCAGCCAGCCUCCUGCAUGCACAUCCUCUCCGUGCCUUGAUGACAGGAGAACGUACCGAUGACUGGAGCUUUGUCUUACAAUCAGUCACCGAUUUGCCUGCGGCGUCUUCAGACAUGUUGGUGGUCAUCGACGUGGAGGUUCAUUUCCAUCCUGUUCAUGGGACCCUUCAACCAGUGCCUGCUGCUGCACGCAGAGUCGUGCGUGUCCCACUGCAUGUGACCAGAAGUGCUGUGCUUGGCUACGCCGGCGUUCAGACCUAUUGUACUGCUCAGAACGACCGCUGCCUUGUCCAAAUGAAUGGAGUUGGCUGGCCCAUUCUGCAACCAGGCCCACGGGUGAUGCAACAUGGCACGUAUCUCCGUGUCAUUGUACCGCCGCCAACUGAUGGCACUAACUCACUUCAGGCCAUCCAAGUGAGUGAAUCAGAAAGACAACGAAUGAUUGUGCCCAUGCCAGCCCACUCGCAAGCAGCCGGCACGGCACCUUCGCCUGCUCCAUUGCCUGUGCCUGGUGCGCCAGCACCUCCAGCACCUGCACAAGUGCAUGGACCAUUGCCUUUGUCUUCGGACUGGUUUUCGGCCUUGCAAGAUGUCUUUGCUGAACAAUCAUUGAUUGAGUUUGAGGAUGAAGGUCCCAUCUUGUACGUUUGGACAUGGAUGAUCAAUCAUGCGUCUUUCAAGCACUGUCCGGCGCCUCGAGUUGUCAGGCUUGAUGAGCUUGCUCACCUCUGGCUCACUGACAUUUUUGAACCAUGGGCAGUUGAACUGCAAGUGGAUGCUCCUACGCAGAUACGCAUUGUCCAUGCUCGACCGCCGACAGAUUCCUUCCGUAUUGAUACUGUCCAUUUGAUGAUUGAGCAGCACCCGACUGAAGCACGGGCAGCAGGCGUGCUCUCUGCUGUUUUUCAUGGUCCUCAAAAUGAUCGCUUGCUACAGGCAGGACAUUCUCUGCCUUGCUGGCUGUGUACUGAGGAUGUCAUCGACAUCAUGCAGCUGAACCACAUUUGUGAGGCCCAGGUUUGUAGAGCAUCAAUUGGAAGGGUGCCAAUGGAACAGUUCAUUCGCCACGAUAUUCCCUCGGCUGCCAGCAUUGAACUUCAUGUACGCAUGCCGCGUUGUGAAGGACACGAGAGGGCAGGUAGCUUUGGAGAGCGUUUCGUGCCGCGAACUGUUUUGCCGACUUCAGCUCAUUCCCUGAUGCAAAUCUCCAGGCGAUGGCAUCGGCGUGUGAGAACAUCAGAAGCAGACACUCCCGCACCACAAGAUCACUUUGCUGGGCAGCAUCAAGUUGAGUCGCCUUCAUUUUUGAAUUGCGUGCCUCCAGUUCCAGCGGUCCAGCCAAAUUUUGCUUUGCCUUGGCCUACUACAUGGCGAUCUUUGGAUGAUGUCUGGGCAUUCUUUGGAGUUGAGCAUGCAACCCAUUUUCCCGAUGGCAUCAGUGUCGAAGUUUGGUACUCGGACCACCAUCGACGACCAUGGUCAGAGGCGGGUCGUCUGGUCCGCCUUCCAAUGGACUUUGUGCAAUGGGUUCCUGCCAUCCUCCAAGCUUGGCACGACUGGCUCAUUCCUGGCGUUGAGGUUGACAUCAUUGUGGUUGCGCCAACACCCAUUGGAGGUGACAAUUUGGCACACUUUCAUGUGAUAAUUGUGCAGCAGCCCAUGAAUCACCAGUUUUCCUGCAUUCUCACAGUGAUGGACAGAUUUGCAGACCCCUGGGUGCCCAAUCAUGUCUGCGUUUUGCUUCCUCAUGCCGUUGACCAUUGGGCUUUGCUACAUGCAGCCGUGGUCGAUUUCCAAUGCCCGCCUUUUGAUCCAGGAGCCAGAUGCCGCACGCUGUACGGCAACCUUGAACUCAUGGCAGGCAAUCUGUUUCCUGUGCAGCAUGCUAUGUGCUUUACCAUCACGGUGGAAACGAAUGGGCCCCUUCCAAUGGAGCUGCCCGGCACGAUGCCCAUUACCCUGGAGCAGAUGCCGGAACACGACAUGGUGCUUAUGCUUCAGACCAGCUUGAGAAUGCAUGUGGCCUUUGCGGCACACUCCUCCUCUGCUGUUCCAUCUCAAGAUGGAGGGCUUGAUCCUGUUGUUCCUCUUGAUGAUGGUACCUGCUUUCGGAACCAGCUUGCUCUGUUGCACUCGGCGAUUGCUAGUGCACUACAAAAGAUCAAGGACAUAUCAUGCGAACCAUGCCCAACAAUUACAUCAACCAGGAUCGGUGAGAUGCCAGCACAUGGGCCUUUGCCCUCACGCGUUGCCGACAAGAAGACCACCGUUCCGGUCGUGCUCUCGCUUGAUGCGGUGCUGAUUCCUGGUGGUGAUCCUGAUUUACCGCGCUAUGAUGAUCAGCUCUCCACAAUUGCUUGGUUGCAAGAUGACAAUUGGGCUGCCACUUGUGCCAAUGCAGACCCCUUUCUUUGCCUUUUGCCCACUGCCGGAUGGACUGCAGAUUCCGUUGGAAUCAUAUUUUGCCUUGGAGAACUCCGCCAUGUCAACAUCAAUAGGGCUUCCCCUACAUGGAUUGGGGCCGACACGUUGGACAACAUUGCGGCAGAAUUUCAAGCCUUUGCUGUCGCCCUGUUUGUCUCCUUGUCAGGACAGCUGUUGGCGUACUGGUUAGGCCCCGCUUUGGAAGUCCUUGAAGUUCGCGGGCAUCAGAAUCAUCCUUGGAAUGAGCUGGCCGACCGCAUCGCUAAGUUUGCGGUGCAUGCCCCUUCUGACUCAAUCAAUCCAGUCCCCUUCAAGCCGUUGCAUGAUUUGGCCACUGCUCCACUUGACUCGCAGUGGGCUUGGCUGCAGAACUGCCCGCGCUCAUUGCUGCAUGCAUUUCCACCCCUUUGUGAGGGGCAAGUGAUGCAGUUCCCGCAUUCUUUGAGACGGGUUGGGGUUGGGCAAUGCUCUCCGCACAUGCCCACUGUCAAUGAUGCACAGAACAUCCAGCUUCAGCUUCAGUUAGCCACAGUCAAUGUUCUUGCGCUGGAAGCCACCCUUGACGCAAAGGAAUUUGGUCGCCGAGUUGGAGUGCGCACCCAGCGCCUUGACGCGCAAUGGCAUGGCCGAGGUCUUCAUUUUCUUGGUCUUCAAGAAGCCAGAACGCCUUCUGGUGUUUUCCACUCAGAACAUUACAAGAUAUGGUCCUCUGGUCACCAUGGGCCCGUGGCCGCUAGCUUGGGUUGUGAACUAUGGUGCCACUUGUCCCUGCCCAUCGCGGCCACAGAGCAAGGCAUCAAGCUGACUCUCGCUGACUUUCAGGUUGUAGUAGCCCACGCUGAUCCUCGCCGGCUGAUUGUGCGCUUUGAACACAACCUCCUUUCCCUCACAAUGGUGGUCCUUCAUGCGCCGUGCCUUAAUGGAGCUCGAGGCAAUGGUCACUCACCUUUGGAGGAGAUUCGCGAGUGGUGGCACGAUACCUCCCAGAUGAUUCAUCAAACUGUCCAUGGUGAACUUGUUUGGUAUUUUGUGGAUGCCAAUGCCCCGUUAGCCUCGUGUGCUACGGAAUAUGCAGGGCUUCAUGGAGCUGAACCUAUGAAUCCUCAAGGGCGACUCUUUGAAGCCUUCCUGCAAGAGCAACAACUGAUGGUACCCUGUACCUUUCAGCAGUUCCACACUGGACCAACUACUACAUGGACCCAUCCAAAUGGCCAUAAACUCCGACGCGACUACAUCCUUGUCUCCAAAGCGGCGGCAGAGAUGGUUCAGGCUUCUUUUGUGCUUGUCGAUCAUGACACGACCUUUGAACAUGAAGAUCACCUACCAGUGUGCUUACGGGUCGGUGGCUCACUGUGCCUUCAAACCAAUGACACCCGGCGUAUCAAGUGGGACUAUGCCAAGCUACGAGAAUCCCAAACCGUGGCUCAGUUUCAAGAUGCCCUUGCCACGUUGCCCAUCCCGACCUGGGAUGUCAAUGUUGACCAGCAUUGCCAGCUCUAUGAAGCUAAUCUCCUCCAACUAGCUCGGCAGUUUUUCGAGAAGACUGGCUCAGAACGUGUUCGCCCACAGCUUUCAGCAUCUACUUUGAGUUGCAUUGCCUUCAAGCGGCAUGUGCUUGAUUGUGGUCGCACGUGGGGCCUUAUGCAAGAUGCAGAGUUCAAGGUUGAGCUUCGUGCUAUUGAGAAAGAAGUGAAAGCCCGAGUUCAUGCUGACCUGCAGAUCUUCUACGACCAGUUGUUGGUGGAACUGCAAAAUGCUGGAGAACUUCAGGAUCUCAAGGUUGUCCAUCGUAUUCUGGCCCGGUUUGGAUCCAAGAAAGCCAAAGCAGCUACCAAGUUCAAGCCACUACCUGCCUUGCGUAAGCCUGACGGCACCUUGGCUACUUCCUUCACUGACCAACAGAUGAUUUGGAUGAAACAGUUUAGUGAAAUUGAAGCCGGUACCCAGAUCCACUGGCAAGAACUUCAACGUCUUGAUCGUCCUGGCCUUGGACCGCCCAUUGAUGUCCAAGUUCAGCAACAUUUUCCCUCGCCGUGGACCUUGCAGUGCAUGAUGAAGAAACUCAAGCGGGGCAAGGCCCCAGGGCUUAAUCGCCUGCCUACUGAAGUGCUCAAAGCCGGAGCGGAGCCGAUCUGCACCCAGCUCUGUGCCCUUACGUCCAAGGCGGUGGCGCACUGUAAGGAGCCGCUUGAGUGGAAAGGCGGAGUGUUGGUGCCCCUUUCUAAAGGGAAGCCUGAUGCGGCAGACCCGCUUGGCUAUCGAAGCAUUUUCAUCAGCAACUUCACGGCCAAGCUGUAUCAUAUGGCACUUAGGUCUCAUUUGGUUGACGUUUGGGAGCGUGGCAUUGCUUCGCUGCAGCUUGGUGGGCGCCGUCAUUUGGGUGCCGAUUUGGCCCACCAUCUUCUACAGGCCCAUGGGCGCUGGGCCACGGCCAAGAAGAAGCCGUAUGCACACCUGUUCUUUGACAUCAAGUCGGCUUUCUAUAGUGUCUUGCGACAAGCGCUGUUUCCAGCAGAUGACCCACCAGCGUCCUUGGUGGCUGCUCUACAUCGCUUUCGGGUCAGUGCCCUUGACAUUGACUACUACAUGAUGAAGAUUGUGCACGGGGACAACGCGACGGCCGGGGUUGAUGAUCACUUUCGUCGGCUGCUCAAAGAUGCCUUGACCAAUACCCACUUCUUCAUCCAAGGGCUGGAUGCCCCUUGUGUGACGAAUCGUGGCACGCGGCCUGGAGAUCCGCUUGGUGACCUCCUUUACAACAUGAUUAUGGGCCUGAUCCUUCAGGAUGCUCGCCAGAGGAUUCUCGCAGCAACGGGAGUCCAGUGGGUAGGGGACCCAGCUCCUUGCCGUGAAUUUUUGGACCCCGCUGGAGUUCCUCCAGAAGCCCUGCUUGACUUGGCCUUUGUUGAUGACUGUGCUAUGGCCAUUCAUGCAGCCUCUAUUCCGCGAGUGCAGGAGAUUGUCACCCAGGCGGUGCAUUCCAUGGAAGUUGCAGCGAAAGGCAGAGGUCUCCUCCUGAACUAUGCGCAGGGCAAGACGGAGGUUAUGCUUCAUAUGGUGGGACGAGGCUCGACCGCGGCCAAAGUUGCCCUCAAUGACGCCAACAAUGUCAUGGAGUGGACUAUGGACGAGCACAAGUACCAGGUGAGGGUCGUGCAUUGUUACAAGCACCUUGGCACAUGGCUCCAACAAGGCGCAAAAAUCAACAAAGAGGUAACAGCAAGAGGCACGGCAGCCAGGCAAAGCUGGGGAACUCUGCACCGCUCCUUCUAUGCCAAAAAGUAUGUAGCGGUUCCAGCAAAGAUGAAAGCCUUUGCACCCUUGACCCUUUCACGUUUGCUCUACAAUUGCCACACCUGGUCCCCAGUGUCUACCACGGUAGUGCAAGAGUGGCAGAACCAUAUCCGCAAGCCCUUGGGCCUUCUAGCCAGAGGUCAAACAUUGGGGGUUUCCCCCUUGGAACUGGAUGUCCCUACACUAUGUGGGCUACUUCAUGUUCUACCUCCUGAAGACUUGCUUCACAUGGCGCGACUCCGCUAUCUUAGCAGGUUGCUGCGAACUUGCCCGGUGAUCCUUUGGCAGAUACUGUUGGACAACGAGGCUGAGCAGCACUCGUGGAUUCAGGCAUGCGCAACAUCGUUGGAAUGGUUCCGCCGAUUCUACUCGGAUCACUUUGCCGUCCCCUCGACCAAUGACGUGCGACAGUGGAUUCCCCUCAUCAGCUUGGAUGCCAACUGGAAGGGUCGGAUCAAAGCGGCUGGGCAAGCGUGCAAGCGGUUCCGUCAAGCUGAAGCUGAAGCAUUGACCUGGCAGAAGCGCUUUGAUGCUUCCUUUUGCGCUUCUGGUGGUGUGCUCCCAGAUACACCGCCUACUUGCGCAGAGCGCUGGACUUGCAAUCAGUGCGACAAGUGGUUUGGCUCUAAGCGUGCCCUCGCUGCGCAUUCUGCUCGGCUUCAUGGAUGCCGACGAGAGGUUAAGCUCUUUGCGGUGGGGGAUGUUUGCCAGGCCUGUUGUCGCCUUUUUCACAAUCGCAGUCGCUUGACGAUGCACCUUCGUGACGCAGCCCGUUGCAUGGCUGUGCUGCAGAGCUGCUUUCCCCCAGUUACUGAUGAGUACUUGGCGGAGUUGGACAAAAUGGAGCAAGAAGAAACCGCAUUGUUGCGGAAAGAUGGAUGGGGUUCUACGAAAGCCCUGUGCCCAAUGCGGAAGCUUGCUGGCCCCUCACUGCCGCCGCCCGGUUCACAAGCUGCGCAGGAGAUGUUCCAGAAGUACCGCUUGAGGCAGGGAGGCGGAAGUGUCGCUGCAACAUGUCUACAAGGUCGCCGAGAUGGACCCGUUGAUGAAGAGCCACAAGUGCACUUGUUUGCCGCUGACUUCCCCGCCUUCAUUAUGAAUUCUCACGAAGGAUUGCAGCUUGGGAAUGGACUAUACGACCUUGCUGGCUUGGCGAAGGAGUACGCCAUCCUCAAUGUGCGUUCCAUCGUAUUUGUGCAUUUCUUCUCCGGACACCGACGACGAGGGGAUUUGCAUCACCAUUUGCAGCACAAGUUCCUCGAGCCUGGCCUGGAGAUCCACGUCAUUUCCGUGGAUCUUUGUAUUCAACGUGAACAGGGGAACUUGAUCGCUCCGGAAGCCCAUGAAAAAUGGCAGAAGCACAUUGCUUCAGGGCAAGUCGUAGGAGCGGGAGGUGGCCCGCCUUGCGAGACGUUUUCAGCCGCACGACAUCAAGAAGGAGGUCCUCGAGCAUUGCGAGAUGGAGCUCACCCUUACGGGUUGCCAGCACUUCGUCAGCAAGAAUGGCAUCAAGUGGUUGUGGGCACGCGACUGCUGUUUUUCCUGCUCGACCAGUUGCUGUUGCUCGCGCAAUGUGGCGGUUUUGGGUUUUGUGAACAUCCACAAUACCCAGUGUGGCUUCACUCCAAGGACCCGGCGAGCAUUUGGAAGCUACCUGCGGUACGAGCUCUUUGCCUCCUGCGAUGCUGCGCUGUUACGUCAUUUGACCAAUGCGUUUUCGGGGCUCCGGCAACCAAGCCUACGACUAUCCUGCAUGUGAGGAUGCCUGGCUUUCGUAGGCGGGUCUUGGCCGAAGGCCAUUUGGGUCGUUGUCAUCAUAGACCGAAGGCCCACAUCCAAUUAAAAGGCAUGGAAGCAGACGGCCAUACGUUCCGUACUGCUCGCUGCAAAGUGUACCCACCGGGCCUGAACCAGGCGCUUGCUGAAGCGAUUCUUGCCCAAGCUGCUGCGGUGUAUAGUGGUGUCAAGAUCCCAGCGAGCAUGCCUGAUGAUCUCACAUCCUUUUGUCACGCGGAUUUUGUGGAGUCCGAUUUGGUACAGCCAGAUUACCACCGGCUCAGUGUGCAG